GGACGUGACGCUCUGCUGACGUGUAUCACGGGAAACAGAGGAAGUAGAUGGUGGUUCUUUGACAGAUGUUGUGAGAGAUCCAGUGGGAGAAGACAGUGGCAUGUCCACUAAACACUGGAGUAACUGGAGAAAGAGCCUGGAGCGCGUCCACAGACACAGACCAGAGUCCAGAGAUCACAGCGCAGCAUGGGCAAACGAAGAGCGCCUGAGCUGUACAGAGCCCCCUUCCCUCUCUACACUGUGAGAGUCGAGCCCCAGAGCGGCCUGAUCCUCACCGCUGGAGGAGGAGGAGCGUCCAAGACCGGGAUCAAGAAUGGACUGCAUUUCCUGAGUCUGGAUCUGGUCGGCGGUGUGCACAGCGCCACCUUGCUGCACACUCAUGAAACAGACACGCGAGCCACCAUGUGCAUGUGUCUGGCUGGGGACGUGAUCGCCGCGGGACAGGACGCCAACUGCAGCCUGAUGAGGUUCAGUCAGCACGCGGCCAAACAGGCGAAGAAACCCGCAGCCAAAGAUGGGACUGGAGACCGAGGUGCAGCCAGGAAGAGAGGAGGGAAAGGCCAGAACGGAGAUGGAGGAGCAGGAGAUGUGGCGCAGAUGAAGGAGGAUUCUCCUCAGGUGCUGGUGGAGGAUGUUGGAGCGGUGCAGGCCGACCUGAGCCCGCAGGACCCCUGUGUGAAGUGUGUGCGCUUCAGCUCUGACCUCACACUCCUGCUGAGCGGCGGAGCCGACGGUUUCGUCCGAGUGUGGGAGUUCCCCUCUUUGAAAGAGAAGUUCAGCUUCAGAGCUCACAAGGACGAGCUGGAGGAUAUAGACAUCAGUCCUGAUAACAAGCACAUCGUAACGGUUGGCCGUGAUUUCGAGUGCAGCGUGUGGAGCGGCGAUCAGCUGGCCGUGGGUUUGUGUUGGCAUGAAAACAUGCCUCAGAUCACAGAGAAGAAGUACCGCUACAAGUCAUGCAGGUUUGCAAAGGUAGAGGACCAGAAAGAUGCUUUAAGACUCUAUACAGUCCAAAUCCCCCACAAACGGGACCGCAAACCCCCUCCGUGCUACAUCACCAAAUGGGACGGACUGGCUUUCCUGCCGCUGCUCACGAAGCCUUGUGGGAAUGAAGUUAUAUCUUGUCUUGCAGUGAGUGACUCUGGGACAUUUCUGGGUCUUGGCACUGUGACGGGAUCCGUGGCCAUCUAUAUCGCGUUUUCCCUGCAGAAACUGUACUACAUCCAGGAAUCUCACGGCAUUGUGGUCACAGACGUGACGUUCCUACCUGACGCUCCUAAAAGUGCAGCUGUGAAGGGGAAUAAUGAAGUGGUCAUGUUGAGCGUAGCGGUCGACAGCCGCUGUCAGGUGCAUGCCGUGUCCAACCGGAGAUCGUUCCCGCUGUGGCUGGUGCUCUUCUUCUGUGGUCUGAUGGUGGUUGGAGUGGUUCUGCUCCUGCAGUCUCACUUCCCAGGAUUCAUUUAGUGUAGCUUAUCCCUUCUCAUUAUCACCUGAGCUAACAUUUUAUAUACUAAAAGAUGACUUGAAGCAAAGCUGGAUCUAUGAAAUUAUUUAAUCAAUUGGAAAUAAUAAUGGGAAUGGGAAUUGGCAUCGUGUUUUAACUGAAGUAAGUCUCCGGAGAGUGACUUUGAGCUGUGAAUUCUUAUGAAUCAGAUCCGAUGAAGAAUUUAGGCAUGACCUGAAGAUCCUGAACCGCUGAGUGAACUGAUUCAGGAUCAUUGAAAAACUGGACUGGAUCUCCUCGUAAAGACAUCGACUGCUCCACCAGCAUGAGUCAUGAAAUGCCCUUUAAUGGAGAAAUAUAUAUGCAGGGAAUUAUUUUAAAUAUUUAAAACCAUGUAAAAAAAAAAACACAACAUAUGAUGUUGCCAAGUCUGUCCGGUUAUUUAUGUGAUGAUCAACAGGUUCAUGUAGCACGAUGAACUUUAAAUUCAUUGAGUUUUCUACAAACCAACAGUCCUCAUAUACAAGUCGCAUCCAUAAUCCAAGAUAUCUCAGAUUAAAAUCUAAUAUUUAGGAGGAAGGGAUUGGUAAGAAGGGAUUGAAUUUAAUCCAUUGGAAGUUGAUUGGAUUGUGAAACAUGAGUUUUAUGUCAUGCUUACUGGAUUUGUGACUUCAUGCAAAAAGGAAAGCCCUUUCAGACAGACAGAUUUAUCUCUUUGGAGUAGCAUGCAAUUAUGAGUCAAGAAGAGGAGGUGGCUGGUGUUUUCAUCCACUCCACUAGGGGACGCCAUUGCAUUGCAUCACCUUUAGACCGAUCCAGCUCAGGCCAACAUCAUAACUGAUUAUUGUACAAAAAUAAACAAAAAUGUCCCUAAAACCAA